AUGCGGCUCCUAAUGCGACAGAUGGCACACCCCGUGGUCGUCAUCACCACCUCCUCGCCUCCGGCUGAAGACAGCCCUCCAGCAUCCACCGAGCCGCCCACAGAACCCACUCCCACGGCCACUCCCUCCCCCAACCUCCGCGCCAUGACCGUCUCCUCAUUCACAACCGUAACACUAAGCCCCGACCCAAUUGUCAGCUUCAACGUCAAGGUCCCCAGCCGGACCUUCAGCGCCCUGGCCUCGCGCCAAGUCUUCCGGAUCCUGAUUCUGUCCGGCAACGCCGCCGGCGCCCGCGUCGCCGACGCCUUCACCAAAGGCUCUCCCGAAGCCGGCUUCCAGGUCCUCACAGACCAAGGCAUGCGCGUAGCCUUCCAGGAUAAGAAACCCUGGGCGCCCGCCAUCCACGGCCCGGGGAUCCUGAUGGCGCUGGACUGCGAUCUCCUGCCCGCCAAGUGCAUCGACGUGGGCGACCACGCCGUCGUGCUCGCGAAGGUCGUCAGGAUACGGCCGGGGCACGUUGAACACAAAGACGCGGACGCGGAUGCGUGGAUCAAUGGGCACGAGGCGACGCAGCGGGUCAGGGGAUUGGUUUACGGCAACAGAGCCUACCGCACCAUCGGGCCCAGCAUCGAGCUUAGCCAGCACGAUGAGCCUCUUGCCCGGAAGCCGGGCGCGCAAGAGCGGACCAGGAUGCAAGACGCGCGGAAUUUGGUCAUGGCGGCGUUGCGGAAUGAUAGGAUCUUUGAGCAUAUGCCGCGGUAUACGGUGUACAAGCUGUUGCGGUAUGCGUUUGGGGGCAUGGCUAUGUCUGAGGAGCCCAGUCAGGCUAGAGAAUCGGCGCAGCCGCGCAAGGUCAAGGCCAAGGAGGGUGGGUUUAGAAUCCUGAAACACGAUUCGAGAGCAGCGGUGUUCCGCCCCAUUGCUACAGGCCGUCCGGACGAGGGGCCGGAUGUGGGAGGGCAGGCACGGUAUCGUGAGGCUGAUGUGGAGGAGAUGGCGGAAGAGGGUGCGGAAACGACCACGCGAGGAGAAGCCCAGCAGGAAGAGGCUCAGCCGACGAACUGGAGCUUCGAGGAUUUCGAAAAGGACUUGCCGCCCGAGGCGCGGUUCAAUUUCGUGGAAGACGAACACGGCUCCGAAGAAGCGGAAACAGCACAGGCUACCAGAAAUGACGAUAAGAGCGAGGAGCUUGAUCGGCGGCCUGACCGAAGCAGUAAAGUUACUAGGGAAAAGCAGGAGUGGGGAAAUUUUGGCAGGGAAGCCAUGGGUUGA